CUUAGCACUUUAUACUAGCUACUAUGUAAUUAUCCAGCCUCAACAGCCUAGUUCAAUUCCAGUUUAAUACAAUCUUCCUUUGGUCCUUCCAGCAUCAGAGGUAUUGAAAAUGCCCCGCACCGACGAAGCAGAAUGGUUCAUCAAUGCCGUCUACGCCGCCAUCCAAGAGAUUCCCUACGGCCGAGUGACAAGCUAUGGCCAUAUUGCUCUACUGUUAGGAUAUCCAAAACGCCCCCGCCAAGUCGGCACCAGCCUCAAACAUCUCCCCUCCCCAGGCACAAGUUUCUAUCAUUCGGGGAAUGUACCCUGGCAGAGAGUGAUUAAUUCAAAAGGGAUGAUUUCGCAUCGAGGACCGGGAAGUGCAGAACGACAGGCAGAGGUGUUGCGGGGUGAAGGGGUGGAGGUGGAAGGGGAUGCGAUGGGGGAGUUGUAUGUGGAUUUGGGCCGGUUUGGGUGGUUUCCGGAUGUUUUGCCUAGUGAGGAGGGGUUGGAUAGUGAGGAAGAUACUAGUGGAGAUGGGAAUGGGCAUGGGGAUAGUAUACGGGAGUAGCAUUCAUGCUAUCUACAACUCGAGCCUGUCCAUUGUACCCCGACAGCCACCUCAAUAAUCAACCGAUGGAAGAUUCGCAUCUAAGCAGACCGCGGAAGAUAUGGUAACUCGCGACUCUAUAAGUGAAUAGGUGAUGACGGACAGGAGA